AUGGCUGCCAGCCUCGUGUUCCGCUCGAAAAAGGACGACAGUGGUAGCUCUGACCAGACAAUCAAUAUACAGUUAUAUCCUGGCAAAGAGUUCACCGUGAAGCGCACACCUGAUGACCAGUCAUCCUCCCAUAACCUCGCCACUUUCGUGAACGGGCGCAACAGCUUAAACAUUGACUCAGGACUGGUCUCAAAGAACCACUUCCGCAUUUACGGCAUUCAAUAUGAAGAUGCCGACGGGAUAGAGUCGAUGUUUUAUUGCGAAGAUUCAAGGUCUGCAAAUGGGACUUACGUGAACAGAAUGCUCAUUGGGAGAAACGACAAGUCGAGCUGGCCCUUCCUCCUCAGCGAUGGCGAUAAAAUCAAACUGAAGCCUGACUUCAGUUUCAAAUUCAAACAUCCUAUCGAGAGGCAGAGAGAAGAAAUGGAUGCAAUUCAGUUGGAAGAGACGGCGUCGUUCGCGAAGCGGUAUUCCAUCACCGAUCGACUUCUUGGAAGUGGUAUUUGUGGCAAGGUAUACCUGGCAACGGAAGUAGCAACGAAAAGACAGCUUGCAUGCAAAGUAGUCAACCUCCGGGUGGCUGUAGUUGUCUCAGAAGAUGACCAGGCACGAGAGCGGACAAUGAGACUAGAAAGUCAAAGGCUCAUACGUGAGAUAGAGAUUCUCACCAGGGUGAACCACCCGAACAUUGUGGCCAUGAAAAAAGCUUUUCGCUCUGACAAUAGUUUGUAUCUAUUCAUGGAACUUGCUCCGGGUGGAGAUCUAUGCUCCUUCGUAUCGGCAAACGGCGGACAUCUGACGGACCUAGAUACCCGGGUCAUUUUAAGGCAACUUACCAUUGCUGUACAGUAUCUCCAUUCGGUUGGGAUUGUACAUCGUGACAUCAAACCCGAGAAUAUCCUGAUGAUGAACACGGCAGUUGGGUAUCGUGUUGUCUUAACCGACUUUGGCUGUGCAGCAAACUUGCAUGCGAUGAGCAGAAUGGAAUCUUUGGUCGGAACCUUUGAUUAUGUUGCACCGGAAGUCCAUCGUACCGAGAGGUUAAAUGGAACAUCAUAUACCAAAGCUGUAGACAUGUGGUCUCUCGGUAUCGUGGCAUUCUGCUUGUUGACUGGGGAAUCGCUCGCUUCAUACCUCGAGAUGAAACAUAUCAGCCAGGAGGAUAUUACGGCGAGGCUUGACCAAAUUCGGCCGGAUCUUGAAGGCGUUACCGAUCAAGCCAAGGACUUCUUGACAAAGCUCCUGGUGCUUGACCCCGCCCAUCGAAUGACUGCCGAUGAAGCGAUUGCGCAUAUCUGGUUCACCACCCCUUCAGAGCUUAACCGUGAGCUUGAACGUCUCUACAAGCGAUCUAUUGAAGGGUGGGUACCUCGGGGGGAUAUCUACCGUGCGGUCGAAUGCAUCCCUCGCAAUGGAUUAUUGAGAGACAUGAUAAGGACCCCCUCAAGUCAGUUCCAGGCGAACUCCGAUGAGCCGCAUCAAGCAUCCCAAAAAGAAAUGCGCCGCUCUAGGAAACCGAGUGACUACACUGCAUCAGUCUAUUUUAGCCUCGAUAAGCACACCCGUAAGCAUUCGCAUAGGCAUCAUCGUGGCAGAGAGGCAACACAGAGAAGUAAACAGCAGAUCAUCAAUGCCCUCAAUGAAUCUGGGGAACUGUUCGUGAAGGAUGGAGAUGUCUCGUCAUAUACAUCUCCAAGUCGCAAGCGUGCUCGCAGGUUACUCAAGAGGGUCCGAGACGUGCCGCCUACAGACCUUCUUGGGAAAGUGCCAGCAGCUGGCGCCAAUUCACAGCGGUCUCAGUCUAAGAAAUCCAGAAAGCUCAGCCAGUCCUCAAGCAAUGCAGUCACUCGACCUGAUUAUGUGGAUUCAAGUCAGACACAGCUUGAACAGCCCAGCCUCCUUACUGAAGAGGCAUUGAGCAUACUCCCUGGCUACGAAAGCAGGGCAACAAGAAGUCGCAGAUGGUCCACGGAGGCGACGCACAAUGGGUAUGUACCGGACAGCUUUUAUGACAGUCUUGCAGAUGAGAUGAAGGAAUAUUUCAAAGGCUCCCCUUAUAUGGAGGAAUAUUUGAAAAGCCGACAUCUGAUGCAACGUCAAGAGAAGUAGAUCAUUUCGGCUGGGACGAACUCGAUAACUUGGCUGAAUGGUCUAUAUUUGCUAUUUUUGUUGUCGAUUAGCUGGGCGGCUAUACAAAGGGGGCAAAUGUGGAAUGGGAAGAUACCUAUUGCCGGGCUGUUGGUUGCAGAAUGUGAUGUUUUGUAGUGGAUAUGGAUACAAUUGGCUGAGCUGGCUGUAUAUAUUUCCAAUGCUAGAGCUUUGGAACGGAAAUAAUAUAUAAGAUUUUGG